AUGAUCAUCACUAGUGAUGAUAAUUCUGGUAUUCAUGAGCUUAAGCAGUUUCUAUGUCAGUAUUUUGAGAUGAAAGACCUUGGUUCUCUUAGCUACUUACCCGGCUUAAAGGUGUCCUCUAUCUCUGAUGUCUACUCUUUGACCCAAGCCAAGUAUGCUUCUGAUCUUCUCACCCGUGCUGGUCUCACAGAUUGUAAGAUAGCUGAUAGUCCGUUGGAGCCCAACAUCAAACUUCAUCCUACUGAUGGAAAGCUCCUUCCUGAUGCCACUCUUUACCGACAGCUUGUUGGGAGUUUGAUUUAUUUCACUGCCACUAGACCACACAUUGCCUAUGCAGUGUAUCUUGUUAGCCAAUUUAUGUCAGCUCCUCGUUCCAUUCACCAUGCAGAUGUUCUUUGCAUCUUACGCUAUAUGAAGGGAACAUUAUUUCAUGGGCUUCACUUUUCCUCUCACUCAUAUUUGACCUUGAAGGUUUACUUUGAUGCUGAUUGGGCAGGGACCCCUACUGAUUGCAGAUCUACCAUUGGUUUUCCUUUUCUACUUGGUGACUCUCUUAUCUCUUGGCGGAGUAAAAAGCAGACCACUGUUGCUCGCUCUAGCACUGAGGCUGAGUAUCGAGUGAACCAACAUUGA